CUUGGGAGACGCAUGGAGUCCAUGGUUUUGCCACUGGAGUUAUUGCAGCAGUUCAAGGUCACGGACUUUCCUGAUCAACUAGAACAUGAAAGCUGGCAGCUUAGGAACUUAAAGAUUCUUGAGGCUGGAUUACUCUUACACCCUUUUCGUCCAUUAGAAAAAUCAGAUGUUUCAGCACAGCGGUUAAGACAAAUCAUACGUGGAGCUUCAGAGAGACCACUUGAAACAGGAAGAAAUUCAGAGUCAAUGCAGGUUCUACGCAGUGCUGUAAUGGCCCUUGCAUGCAAAGGUUCUGAUGGAUCUGCUUCAGAUACAUGCCAUUGGGCAGAUGGUUUUCCACUGAAUCUCCAUCUGUACCAAAUGCUGCUCGAAGCUUGUUUUGGUAACAGCGAGGAAGGAUCAAUAAUUGAUGAAAUUGAUGAGGUUCUAGAAUUGAUAAAGAAGACUUGGACUAUCCUAGGGAUAAAUCAGAUGCAUCACAAUCUUUGCUUUACUUGGUCUUUAUUUCACCGUUUUGUUACAACUGGUCAAGUUGACAUUGAUCUACUGUUUGCAGCUGAUAAUCAGUUAGCUGAAGUUGAUAAGGAUGCCAAAGAACAAAAGAUUCAGCUUAUUCUAAGAUAUUGAGUUCAACAUUGAGCUCGAUAAUGGGGUGGACAGAGAAGAGACUUCUUGCUUACCAUGAUACCUUCAAUCCUAGUAAUAUUGAAUCUAUGCAGAGUAUUGUUUCUUUAGGAGUGUCAGCUGCCAAGAUACUAAUGGAAGAUAUUUCACAAGAGUAUCGUCGUAAGAGGAGAGAAGAAACUGAUGUAGCUCGCAGCAGGAUUGAUACGUACAUUCGGUCCUCACUCCGUACUGCUUUUGCUCAGGUUUGGAACCCAAGGGCAAAUAGAGAGAGUUGCGCUCCUUCUGCAAUUGAAGUUCUACGAAUAAUCGAUGAGACCUUAGAUGCCUUCUUUCAACUGCCUAUAGCAGUGCACCCAGCCUUGCUUCCAGACUUGAUGAUUGGACUGGAUAGAAGUCUGCAACAUUACAUAUCUAAGGCAAAGUCAGGCUGUGGAACACGAAAUACUUUUAUCCCUGCACUGCCAGCAUUAACCAGAUGUGAGGUUGGUUCAAAGUUGUGGAAGAAAAAAGAGAAAUCACAACCCUUACAGAAAAGGAGAUCGCAAGUCAGAUCAAUGAAUAGAGAUGAUUCUUUGGGUUUCCCACAGCUAUGUGUACGUAUGAAUACACUUCACCAUAUCCGAACAGAGGUGGAUAAUCUGGAGAAGAAAAUAAAAACUUGUUUAAGAAAUGUUGAAUCUGCCCAAGCAGAUAUAUCUAAUGGAUUGGAAAUCAAGUUUGAGAUUUCUCUUGCUGCUUGUCAAGAAGGGAUUCAGCAACUGUGUGAGGCAACAGCAUACAAGGUGAUCUUCCAUGAUUUAAGUCAUGUUCUGUGGGAUGGCUUAUAUGUUGGUGAGACUGCUUCUUCAAGAAUGGAUCCUUUACUGAAAGAACUUGACCCUAUUCUCAAGAUGAUAUCAACCACUGUGCAUGACAGAGUGCGAAAUCGUGUGAUAACAGCAUUAAUGAAAGCUUCUUUUGAUGGGUUUUUGCUGGUGCUUCUUGCGGGUGGUCCAUCUCGUUCUUUCUCUUGCCAAGAUUCUCAGAUAAUAGAGGAUGAUUUCAGGUCUCUCAAAGCCUUGUACUUGGCUGAUGGUGAUGGGUUGCCAGAGGAAUUGGUUGAGAAGGCUUCAGCCCAAGUGACAAAUGUGCUGCCUCUUUUUCGCACCGAUUCAGAAAGCCUUGUUCAGCAGUUCAAACAUAUGAUAGCAGAGGCAUAUGGUUCUGCAGCCAAAUCCAGGUACCCAUUACCACCUACUUCGGGGCAUUGGAGCCCAACUGAGGCCAAUACAAUAUUGCGUGUCUUAUGCUACAGGAAUGAUGAGGCUGCCGCAAGGUUUCUUAAGAAAACUUAUAACCUCCCCAAAAAGCUGUGACCUCUUGGAGGAGUCCAUAACAGCUGUGGUACAUUGGUCAGUAAUUGUGUGGAUGACUUUCUUGUAUGUACUCUGUAUAUCUACGAUAUCAGCCUUGAUAGGAGUCUACUCAAUCUCUUUGGUAGAUCUGAUUGCGUCAUGUGAAGCAUAUUAUAAUUAUCCCAAUGUGGGACAGCAGAGUUGCCUCCUUGAGUAAUGCUUGCUACACCACAUUGCUAUCACAGGACUUGAUUUACCCUAGGCAGCCUCAUUCAGUGUAAUUUGACUUACCAAAUGGCAUCCGUUUGGUUUGUGAGGAGUUGAGGCGGAAGUGGAAUAGCAUUCCCACCGUUCGUUCAUAGCAUCAGGAUCUCACGGAGGAUAAGAUGCUAUUCUCACCUCAUUUAGAAGCAUUCUUUGGUUUAGUUGAAGCUUUUGGGUUUCUUCAUUACAUUCUUCUGCUUUUAAUCUUUUGUCUUUACUUUGUAUGCCUGUGAGAAGUUGAAGGAAAUCUAUUGUGAAUAAGUUACUUGAUAGCUUUUUUGCCGCUUAUGCGUCGUAUAUGUUAUGUAUCAAGAGAUCUAGAGUUUGUAUUGGGUGCCCAUUUAUAUAAUUCUCAUUUUUUAAUCUGU